AUGCCCCAGGGAAAAUUGAAAGUUUCUACGGGCACCGGUAAAAAGACAAAGUCGCAGCAGCAAUUGAAGAAAGGAGCCAAAUCCUUCAAGCCCAAACGCCAAGCAGCACGCAAGGACGCACAGAUUGCCAAGAAACACUCAGCAGCGCUCACUUCAGCUACAGAAAAGCUAUUGUCUUCUCGUGUCGGGCACUUGGAGCUCCUUAAGGGUACUAGAAGGGAAAUCGAAAAGUCUAAAGAUAAGAAAAAAUGA